UUAGCACUUGAAAAAAAAAAAUAAAAAAAUCAAAUGAGCUCACUGAUACUACCUGCCACCGCACCUCCUCCACUCUCGGCGGCACCGCCGCCUUUUCUGACACCAAGAAACUACAUUCCUCCCCAUGUAUACAAACAUCCAGCGGCUAUUCUUCUUGAGCUCUGCACUUCCGUGAAAGAACUACAUCAAUUCCUCCCUCUUGUCAUAAAAAACGGCCUCUACGGUGAGCAACUUUUCCAAACCAAGAUUGUAAGCUUGUUCUGCAAAUUCGGUAGUCUAAACGAUGCCCGCAAAGUAUUCGAGCCCAUUGAGUCCAAGACUGAUCCCAUGUAUCACACUCUCCUUAAAGGGUAUGUACAACAAGACACUAUGAUUAAUGCUUACAAGUUCUUUUGUCGAAUGAAGUGUGAUAGUGUAGCUCCCGUGGUGUAUAAUUUCACGUAUUUAUUGAAAGGUUGUGCGGAUAGUUUUGAUGCUAAAAGGGGUAAGGAAAUUCAUGCUCAGUUGAUAUUAAAUGGAUUCUCUUCUAAUUUGUUUGCCAUGACUGGUGUGGUUAACUUGUAUGCGAAAUGUGGGUUGAUUAAUGAGGCCUGUAAAAUGUUUGAUAGAAUGCCUGAGAGGGAUUUAGUGUGCUGGAAUACAGUGAUUGCUGGUUUUGCUCAAAAUGGGAUGCCAAAGAAGGCGUUGGAGUUGAUUGUGUUGAUGCAAAAAGAAGGGCAUAUGCCUGAUAUGGUUACUGUGGUUUCGGUUUUGCCUGCCUCUACUGCAAUUGGGAAUUUAAGGGUUGGGAAAUCAAUUCAUGGGUAUAUUCUGAGACGGGGUUUGGAGUCAUAUGUGAAUGUUGCAACUGCUCUGAUUGACAUGUAUUCAAAAUGUGGGUUGGUUGGGACUGCACGGUUGAUAUUUGAUAUAAUGGAUAUGAGAACGGUUGUGUCAUGGAAUACUAUGAUUGAUGGUUAUGCGCAAAGUGGCAAUUCUGAAGAAGCAUUGGAGCUCUUUGAUAAGAUGUUGGCUGAAAAAUUAAAGCCAAGUAAUGUUACAGUUAUGGGAGCUCUACAUGCCUGCGCUGAUUUGGGUGAUCUUAAACGUGGUCAAUAUAUUCAUGAGUUAGUCAAUGAAUUGGACCUUAAUUCGGAUGUUACUGUGACUAACUCUUUAAUUUCAAUGUAUUGCAAGUGCAGAAGAGUUGAUAUAGGUGCUCAAUUGUUUGAUAAAUUACAAAGAAAAACACUUGUAUCGUGGAAUGCCAUGUUAUUAGGAUAUGCACAAAAUGGUCGUAUAAUUGAAGCACUUAAUCUCUUUUGCAAAAUGCAACAGCUGAAUAUGAAACCUGAUUCAUUCACACUGGUCAGUGUUAUAACUGCUAUAGCAGAGUUAUCAGUGUUGCGCCAAGCAAAGUGGAGUCAUGGACUGGCUAUAAGGACGGGUUUGGACAAGAAUGUUUAUCUGAAGACUGCUCUUGUUGACAUGUAUGCAAAGUGCGGAGCAGUGCAUACAGCAAGGAAGCUAUUUGAUAUGAUGGAUGAGAGGCAUGUUACGACUUGGAAUGCUAUGAUAGAUGGAUAUGGAACACAUGGAUUUGCAAAGGAAGCUGUGGAAUUAUUUGAUAAAAUGUGCAUAGGCAGUAUCAACCCAAACGAUGUGACUUUUUUAUGUAUAAUCUCAGCUUGCAGCCAUUCAGGCCUUGUAGACAAAGGCCGCCGCUAUUUUACCAUCAUGAAGGAAGAAUAUGGCUUAGAGCCUUCAAUGGAUCAUUAUGGAGCCAUUGUUGACCUAUUUGGUCGAGCUGGUCGACUUGAGGAAGCUUGGAACUUCAUUCAGAACAUGCCUGUUCAGCCAGGACUCAAUGUGUUUGGUGCUAUGUUGGGCGCUUGCAAGAUUCACAAAAAUAUUGAUUUGGGAGAGAAGGCAGCUGACAAGCUGUUUGAGUUGGAACCUGAUGAUGGUGGAUAUCACGUAUUGCUUGCUAAUAUUUAUGCCACGGCUUCAAUGUGGGACAAAGUAGCUAAAGUAAGAACUAUGAUGGAGAAAACUGGGAUCCAGAAAACCCCUGGCUGUAGUUUGGUGGAUUUGAAAAAUGAGGUGCACACGUUCUAUUCUGGAAGCACAAAUCAUCCCCAAUCCAAACAUAUCUACUCUUACCUUGAGAAAUUGAUUGAUAGGAUUAAAGCAGCUGGAUAUACCCCUGAUGCCAAUUCAAUUCAUGAUGUAGAAGGUGAUGUUCAGGAACGGUUGCUGAAUACCCAUAGUGAGAAGCUGGCUAUUGUCUUUGGGCUCAUAAAUACCAGUCCUGGAACAACUAUUCAUAUUAGGAAGAAUCUUCGGGUCUGUGGAGAUUGCCACGAUGCAACCAAAUACAUUUCACUUGUGACUAAACGAGAAAUAAUUGUGCGUGAUAUGCACAGGUUCCACCAUUUCAAGAAUGGAGCAUGCUCCUGUAGAGAUUAUUGGUGAUCACCACUAGUCUCGACACUUCGAAGUUCUUACUUUGUGAAGUUUAACGUAACGUGAAAUUAGCCAAGUUCGUUCUGUGACAAAGGAUGUCGCUCUGCAGUUUAUCAUCCAUUAAGUUGACAAAGAAAUGAGUGUACCUUUUGAAACUUCUCCAUGGCUGUUCUGCAGGCAAAAUCAGGUUUUCUUUUCAACGAGUAUCAUCAAUCAAACAAACCGAGGGACUUACCAAGAAACACUGGUUCAUGAAAGCCUGCCAUUAGAGUACUAGGCCAAGUUUUUGCAGUUUUUGCUAGGUGGAGUGAACGAGGGACUAUCAGUAACCAUUACCAAUAUGUGCAGCCCCUCUUAAUGGGACACUUGUUAUUGUAAGCAACAGAUCAUGGAUGAAUUCAUGAAAUUGCUCGUAUCUAUUUGACGUGCAAUUAGAACCAAUAUUGGCACUAUCAAAGUUCAGACGUGGUAUUGACGUCCUUCAGUAUUGCCUGUUAUAGAAAGGUCCGAACAUCCAUAACCUUUUGCCAGAAAGUAAUUCACGGUAGUGAGUAAGUUGUGGGAGUGCAAGGAAGGAGAUUGCUCUUUGCUUGCUAGAAGGAAUUGCCGAAUGGAAGAGCAGCGUUCACUCUUGGAUUGACAAAUAAAAUGCUUCAUUAUAUUGAGAUAGAAUUACAUUGAUGGCUCAUUUGCUAUUGUUAGUUGUAGCUGCAAAUUUCAAGUGUUGAUGUCAAAUUUAAAUUUUGUAAACCUUCUUGUUCCGGAUCCUCUUGAAACAAUUUCAUAAUCACUAUCCAUAAUUGCAA